GUUACAAAUUUAGAAUUCUUGUUGUGAUAUUGUUUAAAAUUAUAUGACGGGAAAGGGGUUUGAAUGCCAUUGCACUACCUUCGCAUCAGGUAUUUGUGAUCACGUUGUAGAAGCGUGCAUUUUGUGUUACAGAAGCUAACUGCAUGUUAGCUACGCCGUAGAGCUAGCUACGUCAAAGGUUAGAAGUAGGAGAGUUCUUUAGCACGAGGAGCAUCCAUUAGCUGUUGCCGCCAGUGGACGAUCGAACACCAAGUGAAAAUGAUCAAGGAUAUUCCAAAACAGCGGACCGUGAACGGCAUUCCGAUGAGGCCUUCCCUGAAACUUUCAAAUGGCUACAUAUUACCUGAGGGCAAAAUGACGCCCAACACUCUCUUCGUUGGUGGAAUCGACACCAAGGUGGACGAGAACGAAAUAAAAGAUUUCUUUGCCAGAUAUGGUCCUAUAAAGGAAGUUAAAAUAAUAACGUACCGCGGAGGUAUUUGUAAAGGCUAUGGCUUUGUGUACUUCAAUGAGGACGUCGACAUACAGACCAUCGUUGACCAACAGAUCAGUUUUAAAGGAAGAAAACUGAAGUUGGGCCCAGCCAUCAUGAAAGAGAGGAGCUCUCGCUCCAUGCAGUCCCACCUGGUGGGUGGUGCCCCCUGGAUGCCCACUCCUCAGUACAUCUACUGCAGCUGUUGCCCCCCCACCCUCGCCACCCCCACCAACUCCCCCGUCAUCAACUCAGCGGGACAGUACAUACAGCCGUACCCGUACACUGCCAUGCCUGGAGUCAUGAUGCCCCAGAUGCCCAUGGGAUACGCACAGACCGCCGCUGCGUACCAGUAUACAUCUCCGCACUGGACGGGAGAGCAGAGGACUCGACUGGUCAACCAGGGGUUCUUGUCGUGGCACUGUGCAUAAUGGGCAGGAGAAGAGGACAUCUCUACCGCCACUAAUUUUACGACCCUCCGCUCCUACAGCCACACGGAGACUCUUACUGCCUUUUCUCCAUCACUGGUCUGCAGGAUGCUAUUCCAUGUCCAAUUUCUGUGUUUGUGUGCGUGUGUGUGUGUUGUGUGUUUUGAGUGAAGGAAUGGGGGCUGCAUCUUUCUGCAUAUUUAUAUUUUAUGUACAUAAUUGAGUCUCAGGGUUUUAUUGGAGUGUAUCUAUUACCACUGCACUGGUGCCUGGUGCCCCCUCUGAUGCUGUUGCCAGAGGGCUGGCAGAAUUGGAAACUUCAGCUUUGUCUUGGUGAAUAGUUCUGCUUUUUUCUCUUUUUUUUGUUUUGCUGCAAAAUUUCUUUGUAUUGUAUUGAGUACAGUAUCAUUUAUUGUUAUUGUGUAUUGUUGAUUCGUUUUUUGUUUUGUUUUUUCAGUCUGACGGGUAUUAAUUGACUUAAUUAACUUUCCACUUAAGUAUCAACAACCACAUGUACUUCUCACUGUUUUUUGCUUUUAAUAUUCUUUCUGGAAAUUGAUACUAUAAUUAAUUAUUUACAUUAAUUUUGCGUGUCAAAUACGGUCAUUUUGUUAUGAUGGGUGAAUUUAAUAAUCACUUGAAGGGAUUUGGCUUGUCUGUAACACGCACAUGCCUCCUGUCAGUUGUCCGGUGUUAAGAGCAGCUCUUGUCAGUGUUUUGCUGCAGCAGUUUGUUUUGGUGGCGUUUGGCCGCCAUUUUGGGGAUGAUGAGCUGGACCAAUCACUGCAUUACAUUUCUGAGCUCAGUGGGGCGGGACCAACCUGAGUCGGCCCGCGCCAUUGGAGGCUUUUUGCCGGGGGGAGUUGUUAGGCGAUUUGAUUGACAUAAAUGAAGGACUAAACCACAUGUUCUAUCAGCACUACUUCUUCUGCACUUGUUUUUGGAGUUGGGGUGUUUCGUUUGUUAGAAGUGACAAGUUAAGUCACUUAAUUUUGCACUAAAAAGUUUGUGUUCCACAUUUGAGAAUUUUAAUCCUAUAAGCGUGAGUGAUU